AACGAAAAGUAAAGAAGUACAUUAUUGAAAUUUGCCUUUAAGUAAAGAUAAAAUGCACCAGAACCCUCCAAUGCUUAGAACAUCACCCAUCAAUAUGGAUGUUGAGAAGCUCUUUCACAUGACAGGAGGCAUUGGAGAGCAUAGCUAUGCUAAAAACUCCUCAUUACAGAAGAAGGCAUCUCAUAUGGUCAAGCACAUAACUAUAGAAGCAUUACAAGAAGUUUAUCUUGCACUAGCACCAAAGAGCUUUGGCAUAGCUGAUUUAGGUUGCUCUUCUGGACCCAACACAUUAUCGAUCAUCAAAGAUAUUCUGGAAGCUGUUGAAGCAGUAAGUUGUAAGAUCAUGAGCCCAGCACCAGAAUUCAGAGUUUACCUUAAUGAUCUUCCAACAAAUGAUUUCAAUUCAGUGUUUAAGUCCCUGCCAGAUUUCUAUAAAGAACUUAAGAAAGAAAGAAGUGGUGGGUCUCCUUCCCUUUUCAUUGCAGGCUAUCCUGGUUCCUUUUAUGGACGAAUUUUCCCCAACAAUUGCUUGCACUUUGUUUACUCAUCUUUCAGUUUACACUGGCUUUCUCAGUAUAUGCAGAUUCCACCAGGUCUUUAUGAUGAGCAAGGAAGGUCAAUAAAUAAAGGCAACAUUUACAUUUCUGAAUCCAGUCCUCCGCUAGUGUCCCAAGCAUAUUUUAAGCAAUUCCAAGAUGACUUCUCCUUGUUCCUUCGAUCAAGGUCCCAAGAAGUAACUACUGGAGGGUGUAUGGUCUUGAUUUUGCUGGGAAGAAUAGGCCCAGAUCAUGUUGAUAGAGGGAAUUCAUUCUUCUGGGAACUUCUUUCAAGAUCGCUUGCCAUUUUGGUUUCCCAGGGACAAAUAGAGAAGGAAAAGCUUGAUUCUUAUGAAGUGAAUUUCUAUACAGCAUCCAAAGAUGAAAUAGAAGCUGAGAUAAGGAGAGAAGGCUCUUUUGAAUUGGUUCGAAUGGAGAUGUUUGAGACUGAGAGCCAACUUGAAAAGGUUAGCAGAAACUAUGGAGCAGAAGUUGCAAUGACAGUUAGGGCUAUCCAAGAAUCAAUGAUUUCCCACCACUUUGGAGAUCAGAUUUUAGACUCUUUAUUUGAGAUCUAUGCAAGUAUGGUGAAUGAGGAGAUUGUUAAAGAAGAUAUUAACCCCAUUCAAUUUGCCUUGGUUCUUAAGAAAUUAUAAUUAAUUAAUACUGUGACACUAAAA